CAUUGAGGCCUUGUUCGAGGCACCCUGCCGAAAGAGAGUGUUCUCCAAGUGUGCUUUGGGCCUCCGUCACCUAUUCCUCAUCUGGGAUAAAGCUGCCUUCCAUACUUGCAGCUUACGUCGUUUCGGGCGUUUCUCUCGCCUUCCUGCUCGUUUCGUCCCCCCGGAGCGCAUCAGGUAAACCCGGCGGUAGGACUGCAUGGUGCCUUCCGGCUGUGGACCGCAGCCGCCUCUUGUUGUGCAUUUUCUUCGGAAGCGACACUUUCACCCCCACCAUCUGUGGCUAUUUCCCCUUGUGUGAUGUUGUGAAUAGAUUCUCUAACGCUGCCAGUCCUCCGCUUGACUCAUUCGCCGUCGUUUUGCCCUCUGUGACCUGUGCCCUGCCGCCGUUUCGUUCUCAGAAGAGGCGAAGUUGUCAACCCUGGCGUCCCGAAGGAUCAGUCUUAUCGACGACCGUGCUUCCUUUACGUCUUUGCACGGUCGCGUUGCUUUUGAAUCGGAUUACCCACAACACUGCCACGGGUAUAUGAAGCGAAACGGACUCUGUCUCAACUUUUAGCGCUAACGCGGUUCCCCUCAUUGUUUUCUGGGACCGUCAUUUUCCCGUUGCACGGACUACCCAAACGCGAGUGUGGGGCCUUAGUCUCUGUCGCUUUGACGAGUAAAUUUGAGAGGCGGAGUCCCUUGUUGAAUCCGUGCCCAUUUUCCGCUCCGAUCCUUGCGCUUACCACUCUUAAUUCUCGUUUACUGGAGUUUUUUUCCGACGGAAUAUCGACCGGGCCGCAUUGUCUUCUGGAUGCACGACGUCGCGGUUCGUUAUUUUCGGCUCGUUGCGCGUCGCUUUUCUCCAGUUACCCUUCGUAACUGCCGCAGACAAGAAAGUGUCGUUUGUUUGCGGAAUACACUCAGACGAACUACGGUCACUCGUUCUGUACGGUGUCUAGACACCUGAAGAAACGUGACGACUAGACGCUCGCUGGCACAACGAUGAGCGUUGUGCGGCGGCACGGAGGCUGUCGCCUCCCCUUUCUUCGCUGCUUCUUGCGCGUUUUCCUUUCGCUUUUUCUGCUCCUUUCUGUCUCGCCCGUCGCUGCCUUUCGCUCGCUGUUCCCUCCGUUCUACUCGAACACAACGGGACUGAGCGACGCGAUGCUCGCUGCGCCUCCGACUCUGUUCCUCUCCGGCAGAGACUCUGCAAAGUGUGCAUGUCAGCACACUCCUUCUUCCGCGUCGGCUGCUGCUGUCUCUUCUCCGGCCCCUCCAGAUCGCGAAGAAGCUUUUUUAUUCCCUUCCCUUGUCACGGGAGAAAGGAGCGGCGUGAGGGGGGCGCGUCACGAUGAGGGUGCAACCCUGGACGCCUUUGCGUCGCACGGUCUCUGCUGCUCCGAUAGAGAGGAGGCGUUUAUGAGGAGCUUUGAGGCACCCAAUGGCGUGGCGUUUGCCUCCAUUGGAGAUACAGGGGCUGCCAAUAGCAACCAAGCGAAGUGUGGGAUAAGCCUCGCGGCUCUGAGUGUCGCUCUGGACAUCAAAUUCGUGAAUCUUCUUGGCGACAACCUGUAUCCACAUGGAGUGACCUCUGCGGUUGACCCGUUGUGGCAAUCUGCUUUUGAGGUUCCUUUCGGCGCUCCGUCUCUUCAAAAGGUUGCGUUCUUCCCCGUGCUCGGAAACCACGAUUAUCACCUCGACCCUUACGCGCAGAUCGAUCGGUGCAUUCGCCUUGGAAAUGAGCACCUGAAUUUCACAGAAAAAGAGAAAACAGACGGCUCUCGACCUCAGCUUAGCAAGACGUAUCAGAUGCAGGCGAUGCUACCGUGGAUGAAGAUUCACCAUGAGAAGUUCCGUUACAGUUUUGACCAGACAACAAAAAUGCACGGACUGGAUGGUCCGCGAUGGCGCUUGCCGAACUUUUGGUAUUUCACGCGCCAUGUCUUCCGCAAUGUGCCGAGACAUGUGAAGAAUCCGUUCGUCACGGGUGCUUCGAUUUCCGACAUUUCUCUCGUUUCGACGGAGGAAGACAAGACCGACGUGACUGUGGUGACGAUCUACAUCGACUCCAUGGUGCUUCUCUUGGAAGAGGGCUCCAAGUCGUCCUCGAUCCGUUACAGGUUUCCGCGCGACGAGCUGUACUACAGGCACCUUGAGUUUCUUGAGGACACGCUUAAAGCAGCGACGCGAGAAGCAGACUGGAUUUUUAUCGCCGGCCACCACCCCGUCGUCAACUACAGCGUGCGGAACGCGAAGCCUUCGGAUUUCGCAGUCCGUUUGACGGAACUGAUGAGAAAGUACAAAGUAGACACUUUUCUGUCUGGACACGAGCACGCACUCAGUUUCUUUCAGGAACCGGACGCGAACACCACGCACAUCAUCAGUGGGACGGGGAGCAAGCUGUCGGCUCGGGACCCGAUUCCUUCAAAGGACUGUUUGUUUUCCGUCCGGGAACACGGAGUCGCCGUCCACGUUUUGGGGAAGGAAGAACUGCACCACGGCUUCGUGUCUGCCGAUGGCAAGGUUCUCUUCACAGCCUCGCAAAGGCGCCAAGACCGGACUGGCAUCCUUCCACCCCCCAAGAAAGAGAAGCACAAAAUCCCCCUGUAUCCAGCGAUUCGCCGGGUGUACAUAGGCCCCUACGCAUUCGUGCCCUUCGAGAAAGGGAGAACGCUCUGGCGCAGCCCGCGAGCCGACUCCGAUGCGCCGCAGAUCUCUUCAAGGCCCGCGCCUGGUGCCCCAGCAGUCAGCCGAGGGCCAGCCGCUGGUCUACGUCCAGAAAACAACGCCCGGAGGCAACACGCCUCUGGGCGGCGCGGCUGGAGGCGGCAGUUAUGGCGCCUGGUCUCUGAGUCCCGAAGCCUCGGAAGGAGACACCUCAACUGCCUAACAGAAAAGGGCGAGGCGCGUGGCAGCAAGGGAGACCCCUGGGAAACCAAGAGAAUUUUUGGGUGUUGAGAGAGGGAACAAAGGGAAAGAGAGAAGACACAGGAGUUGCACUCUGGAGUUUCUGCAUGUCUUCACUUCCAAGUGUUUCUGAAAAAUCAAAAAAUGGAAGAAGAACGAGGGAAACUGUGGGACGUGGGGUUCGACCUAGGCGUUUUUUGGCUGCGCCAAGGAGUGGAACGUCCUGAAAAAAAAGUGACAGGUUUUCUGCGCGAGCCAUCGGAGGAGAGCCCGGCAAGAGAAGGCCCUUCAGGAAGCAAGGAUUUCGAGUAGGCGCGCCUGCGCUUGUUGGGCGGAAAGCCUUUCAGUGCAUUAUCUGUGGCUUAGCUCUGUCGUGAGAGCCUUGGGGUUUACCGGCGAGAGGAGGGAAUUUAGGUGGCGCCGGUCUCGGGCAGAGACUGAAAGUGCAUUCGUCGAAAGCUCAAGAAGAGUCAAGUUCUCUAAAAGUCACUUGUGGGCGAGGCUACCCCUGGACAGAGUACGCGUUGUCGGGUUUCCGUGGGGGCCUGGGAAGGGGCACCUGCGAAGCGACCUGAUUCUUCCCGUUCACACGGAGAAUCGCGUCCAUGGGUCAGCGAACGACUUGAUUCGAGGUUAACGAGUUUACCACUCCUCGCUUGCUCUCGUGUGUCCAACUGUUCCAGGUACAGUGAGUUCCCGUUUGAGCACGUGACCGGAAAGAGUGAACAGAAAAGCACUACGUCAUGGCGUGCUUUCGGUUGCUGCAGGAAUACAGCGUUUCUUGCGUUUCCUUUCCCUUCAUGUUACCUCCGAAGGAGCACUGCGGUACGGUCUUUCAUGCAGUAGGUUGUGUUCGUAUCUCACGCGAGUCCCAUCAAGUUGACCGGAAGAAGCCCCUUCGGAAGUUUGAUCCUUUCACUGGGCAAGUGCCUCUCUCUGCGGUGCGGUAUUUCGUCAUUGUAGGAUGGGCCUUUGGCGAACGCUCCACGUCACUUCCGUGGAUCGAAAAUAAUGAAACUGACGUUGAAAGGGAUGGCACCGGCAGGUUGCUCUUCGCUUUUUCGAACGGAAAGCGAUAGGGCACAGAGCAGCCUUGCAGGCUGUGAUAAAAAGUCGGCACUGCCUCAAUCUUGACCAUGGCACUUUUUGGAGUCCCGUGAUCCGUGUACAGACUGGGUUUGUCUGGGAUCCUCGGCUGUGUGCUUUUACGCAAGGUUUCUGGUCUGUGUCAGUCGAGCAGAAAACAACGGAGGUGGCACACGCUCCACUUCUGAUUCGUGUUACGUCUUCCUAUCUCGUCAUGUCUGAAGCGCCCAUGGCGACGGCGUCGAGAGACAUGCCUGCAGGUUCUACGCGUCGGGCGAAUUUGUGUCAACUGUGGACACUUUGCGCAAGCAAGCGCUGAGGGACGCCAAACUCCUUGUCCACGAAGCCUUCGGCUUCUGCCGUAGUUGGCACGUGAACGGCGACCUGCUGGGUUUUCCAUUUGCUCGCGACUGUGUCCGGCAUCUGCUGGUGCACGCGAACAAACUGUCACAGCAACGGCUGUCCGCAGUCCUGGAUUUUUUGAGUCAGGCGUUGGCAUUGUUUGACUGCAAUUUUUUAUUUGCCGUUUUGUUUUUUUUCAAGUCCCAACUCGAACUUCCGAAAGAGUCCGGGUGAAACCCC